UUGAAAUUAGUUUGGCCUAUGAGGUUAAAAAUUCUGUGAUUUCCGCUUGUCGGGGCAAGGUACUUCCUUUUGGAGUGGACAUUUGCAAUCAUGGGCAAGCCAAUGGGAUUACACACUGCUCGCAAGAUGAAAGAUCAUCGCAGAGAGCAAAGGUGGCAUGACAAAGAGUAUAAAAAAGCUCACUUGGGGACACGCUGGAAGGCUAACCCAUUUCAAGGAUCUUCUCAUGCUAAGGGAAUUGUUUUGGAAAAAGUCGGUGUUGAGGCUAAGCAGCCUAACUCUGCCAUUCGCAAGUGUGUUAGAGUGCAGCUUAUUAAGAAUGGUAAAAAGAUAACGGCUUUUGUCCCAAAUGACGGUUGUCUCAACUUUAUUGAGGAAAACGAUGAAGUACUUGUAGCUGGAUUUGGGCGUAAAGGUCAUGCUGUGGGUGACAUUCCUGGUGUCCGUUUUAAGAUUGUCAAAGUUGCCAACGUAUCUCUUUUGGCUCUUUUCAAAGGAAAGAAGGAACGUCCUCGUUCUUAGAGACCACUGUAAAAUAAAUUUCUGAUACCCAUAA